UCUUUGCCGCUCCCCCGCACGCGAAGCAGACAAUCGCUUCCCUCUCUCCGUCUCCUAAGCCACCACCAACACGCUCGCGGGACUCUUCUUGCGCAUGGUAGGGUGAAAAAGGCAAAUAAGCGUUGCGCUUACAGCAGCAGCGGUUUCUACUUCGACCUCCGUUUUCGCCAUGAGUGGCGAUCAGCCGCAGCCGGAUCCCGGAACCAAGGCUCUGCUGGGGAGCCUGGAAAGCGUAGUGAUGGACCUCAACGACAUGGAGAACAUGAUCGAAAACUUCGAGGAAUCUGCGGCGGAGUCGUUCUUCUCGAAAAUGAAUGAGUACAUCACGAACCUCAAGAAGGUGGAGGAGAAGGCGCCAGGGUGCCAACUACACGUGCCUCGUGAGGCCCUUGAGAGAAUCGAUGACGACGUAGACCAGAACCCGGAGCUUUUCGCGCAAGAGCUUCUCGCCAGGUGCAAAGACGAGUCCGGGCAGCUGAGUGCGAGAGUCCUCGGCAUAAAAAAAGUGCGUCAAACUGUCAUGGAGGGCUGGAGAACCGAAGGCAGCGGGCCUGUCAACGGUGCCACGCCUUCCGCGGGUGGUGCUGCUGUUGGGCCAAACGGGGCGGCAGCUUUGGCACACGGUAGGGCAGGUUCAGCACAAAAGGCAACAGCAGAAGGGGCUGAGGGAGGAGGGGUCGGCGUCUUGCCGAAGGGGGUAGGUGGAAAGGGGGCGCCUGGUUACAGCAGUAGCAGCAGCCGUGGUUAAGGAGCGUCGACCCUCUUUUGUGGCAGCCUUCUUUCUUUGUCGUUUCUAUCCCACAGGCUGUUUGUGCAGGAUGGUAAGGUGCUGAGAGGGAGCCAUGUGCGCAACGACGACAGCACCAGUGAGUGAUGGAUGCCAUCCCCGCCUUGUCAAGGUUUGGCUCGUCGUACACUCCUGGUUCGCCGAGGAAAAACCUACACGGGGGAGGAGGGGUCCUUGAUCGAACUUCGUCACUCUUGAGAAAAUGAAAAAGAAACUUUAUGUUGUACGAGGAAGGUAUUUGUGUUGGGCAGUGCGGGUGGGCGCUGUGGCUGAGCUUGACAAAUGUCCGAAAUGGCACAUGAUGUAUGUUCUGUUUCGGACACGAGGGUAUCGGCGCCUGUCAAUGAUGGCCGCACCUGUACACAUCUCAUCGAAGAAGCUGAAGUGUAUCAGUUUUGUUUCCGAGCGAGAUCCCGCAAGGAUUUCUCCUAUUAUUUAGUCGGGCUUGUUUUCACUUGGUCCCAACAUCAAUGUUGCUUGCUGUGCGUGUUGGGUGUUGAUGUCGUCCGUUAAAUGUUGGUGUUUUUGUGUGCCACACACCGAGGUUGGGGGGGAAGGGGUGGGCGUUAUGGGGGGCUCCUGUGUAGCGUGCCCGUUUUUGGCGCAGUUUUCGGUUAGUUGCGUUGUACCUGCUCCUGCUUGCUUGGUGUUCUGUUGUAUUUUCUGUGUGGCGGUGGACUGCGUGUGCCUUAGGUUUUGAGCUACAGGCUCGGUGUUUGGCAUUUGUAUGGCGAGCAGACACCAGGCUAGACCUCUCGUGAGAGAGUGAGAGCAGCGGCAGCAUCAUCUGCUGGCUGCACUUACUGCAGGCAUGCAGGUUCAGGUAUACAUAAUAAACCCUUAUUUUUACCCUGGG